CACACGGCGACGCGUACACGCGCCUACAGACUACAAAUACCUUUUUAAAUUUCGUUUUUAAUCGAAAGUUCGUAGUCUCGCGAAUAUUUGAAUAAAGUGUACAGUUAUGGCGCGCAGUUAUUUAUUAAUUGUUUUUGGUAUUUUUGGUCUCUUAUUACAAGUACAAUGCAGCCAAUAUGACAAUCACACUCUCAUUCGUCUAUACCCAUGGAACCUUGAUCAACUACAUUCAGCGGCAAAAUUUGAAGACCCAGCAGGGGAGGUGGAAAUUUUGAAAGUGAGCCGUGGGGUCAAUGACUCUCUGGAUGUGUUAGUACCGCCAAACAAAGUGCAGUUUGUGAGGGACUAUGCUGACUCUAAAGGAUUGCAUUAUGAAGUGAAGCAGCAGAAUUAUGGCAGGACCCUGGAAGAUACACCUGACCGACUUCCAAGAAGGAGAGUUUUGAGCAGUUUCAACAUUUUUAGAUAUAAUUCUUUCGCUAAUAUGCAAGAAUUCAUAGAAGUAGCUGCAAAGAAGAAUCCAAGUUUGGUGCAACUUCAGGACCUCGGCAAGAGUUUCCAGGGUCGCAGAAUGAAGCUCGUUAAGAUAUCCUCACGGCCCGCCGCUGGCAACCCCAUCAUAUUUAUUGACGCUGGUAUACAUGCCCGUGAGUGGGUAGCACCGGCCAUGGCUCUGUACCUGGUCCACAGGCUGACUUCAGAUCCUGAAGCUCUGAAGGCGGGAGGACCACUGGACGGUGUGGAUUGGUACAUCCUGCCUCUUGUCAACCCUGACGGUUAUGAGUUCACCAGAUCCAGCAGAAACAAUCGCAUGUGGAGAAAGACCAGAUCAAAGCACCAAGGAAGUCAAUGUCUUGGCGUAGAUGGCAACCGAAACUAUGGCUUUAAGUGGGCGGUGAGCGGAGUAUCCAAUGAUCCAUGCCAUAAGGAGACUUUCGCCGGCCCUCAGCCCUUCUCAGAGCCCGAGACGCAGAUGGUUCGGAAUAUUAUGAUGGACAAUUCAAAACGCAUCAAGUUAUACGUAUCUUUGCAUUCGUAUGGACAAUAUUUGGUGUAUCCUUGGGGAUACACAGGAGACAUUCUCCCGCAAGAGUGGAAGAAGCUAGAUGAUAUGGCAAGAGCAGUAUCGUCCGCCGUUCAGCAAGCUGGAGGAUCGCCUUUCAAAGUAAUGAGCGCGGGCAAAUGGUACCCGGCGGCCGGCGGUAGUGAUGAUUUCGCCUUCGGAGCAGCGGGGGUUCCCUACUCCUAUACGAUGGAAUUAACUGACGGAUUCGAAUUCACUUUCCCAGAAAGCCGUCUCAGCACAGUGUUACCACAGUUUUAUGAAGGCUUUAAAAUGUUUGGAUCACGGAUUCGUAACGAAUUUGGACGCUUAAGAAAAAAAAGAGACGUAGCUGAAGUCUAGUGAUUCGUGGAAGACUGAUAUCAUGAAAUAGGCCUUUAUAGAAAAUAUGAAAAUUUGAAACGA